UCUGCGCAUGCGGCACCUUGUCGCGCACGCGCCUUAGGCUCGGGGAAGCUGGCCGGCCCGAGAAAAGGCCUGACCCUGACCAUGGCGGCGGCAGAGGCUGGGGCCCUGCCCGCCGAGGAGUGCGUGGGGCAGGUGGUGCUGCCGGGGGACGUGCUGCUGCUGCCCUCGCACCCCGAGGCGGAUGGGGAGCGGCUGUGGCUGGGCCCGGGCGCCGCUCUGCCGGGCCGCUUGGUGUGCGGGCCGGGCCUGAGGAGCUGUCGGGCCGGGCUGCUGGUCACCAAGUGCGGGCUGCUGCGCCACCGCCAGCCGGGCGGGGCCGGAGGCGGCUCGGGCGGGGCCUACUGGGUGGACUCCCAGCAGAAGCGGUAUGUCCCAGUCAAGGGAGAUCAUGUGAUAGGCAUAGUGACUAUCAAGGCAGGUGACUUAUUCAAAGUGGAUGUUGGUGGAAGUGAGCAAGCUUCUUUGUCCUACUUGGCAUUUGAAGGUGCAACCAAAAGAAACAGACCAAAUGUGCAGGUGGGAGAUCUUAUUUAUGGUCAAUUCGUUGUAGCCAAUAAAGACAUGGAACCAGAGAUGGUCUGUAUAGACAGCAGUGGAAGAGCGAAUGGAAUGGGAGUAAUUGGACACGAAGGCCUGUUGUUUAAGGUUUCUUUAGGUCUAAUAAGAAAGCUUUUAGCUCCCAAUUGUGAAAUCAUUCAGGAAUUGGGACAACUGUACCCUUUUGAGAUAGUGUUUGGAAUGAAUGGAAGAAUAUGGGUAAAGGCAAAAACAAUUCAACAGACUUUAAUUGUGGCAAAUAUCUUGGAAGCCUGUGAGCACAUGACAGCAGAACAAAGAACACAAGCAUUUGCCAAGCUAUCAGAGAGAUGAUGUAAAGAAAACAUCUCGGGUUCAUUUCAGGCUUUGCAAUUAUUGUAAUAUUUUUGUAUUCAGAUGUAUAUUAACUCAUUUUGAAACUUUGCGUCUCUCCCAUUUAAUUUUUUUUACCCACCAGUCCCUCUUUCCUGAUCCCUCAAUCUGUUUAGUCUUCCGCAUUCAAGCAUUCUCUUCGCUUUCUUAGCCGCAGUGUUUGAUUAUUAUGAAACAAAUAGAUGUAAUCUUUUAAAGUCUCUCACAAUAAAGAGUUGUUGCAGAGCACAGUGACUUUUGCAAUACAGAA